CAGGCAUGGGACGAAGACAAUGAAACGUUGUGGAUUGUGGAGACGACGGACUGCUUUUUGUUUGUAGGAAGUUGCAGUGGCAGUCAUCAAGGUAUCGUGAUGCUACCAUACACCGUUAACCGCGGCUAGGUAACCCAGGGGGGUUACGGUUACAAACGUCGCUUCGAUACCCCUCCAUCGACCGCCUGCUUCGUCUGACUGAGCUAUAAUCACCUGUAGCGCUCCACCACCGAGGUCGUCAAGCGACCUUACUACGGACCUCACUACGGGCCGUGCCUCGCGCACAAGUAAGCCGCCAGCUCAACAGCCCUGCUUCCUGUUUGCAUGGCUUGCUCUUUCGAGUCCAUUUAGCAUAACAGCCAUCAUGACACCACCCGGCUUAGAUCAGAGUCAAGCCGGGCCGUCGGACCUCAGCAAGUAUCAACCCUAUCCGGAUCAAGCGCAACGCAGAGGCGGAGACAAAGGCUUCGCAUCGCCCGAACUUUCCUCAUCCUUCAGCACACGCUCUACAGAUUCAGAGGAAGAAUGGCAGAAGGAUCGACGCUAUGCAGUUGUCGUCGAUGCUGGUUCCUCCGGCUCGCGCAUGCAGGUCUACUCGUGGAAGAAUCCGCCGGUCGAAAAGAGCCUGCGCGAAACGAGCUCCGAGAGCACCAAUGUGCUACCUACCGUCGAGAAAGGCACGUGGGAUGAGAGCAAAAUAGAUUGGCAGCUUAAAGUCGAACCUGGCAUCUCAACGUUCGGCAGUCAUCCUGAAGAUCUCGAACCUUACCUCUCUAAAUUAUUCACAUACGCCUUAUCAAUCAUCCCAACGUCAGAGCAGAGUCGCACACCGGUCUACAUGCUUGCGACAGCCGGCAUGCGUCUGCUUCCUUCGUCGCAACGCAAUGAUAUUCUGGCGCGUACAUGCUCCUUCAUCAAAGAGAGAACGCCUUUCGAUGUGGGUGUCGACGCAGAGGGUUGUAAAAAGCAUGUGCAAGUCAUUACUGGUGAGGAAGAAGGUCUACUCGGCUGGAUUGCCAUCAACUACCUGAUGGAUGGUUUCCAGUUCCGAGAAGGUCCCGGUGCAACCACUCCCGUCACACAAAAGUCCACAUACGGCUUCCUUGACAUGGGCGGUGCUUCCACGCAGAUCGCUUUCGAGCCCAGCGCCAAGGCGCUUGCUUCGACCAAACAGGGACAGAUGGCGGUGGACGGCCUGGCGACUGUUCGCCUUCGAAUGCUUGACGGGACUGAUGUCGAGAGCAAUGUCUUCGUCACGACAUUCCUCGGCUUUGGCACCAACAAGGCGAGAGAGCGCUAUGUGGAGCAGUUGGUACACGUCAACACACAGCAGACCAGUACGUCCGGUGCCGCUGCUGAAUCAAAUGCACAUACUGCGGCACUACCGGACCCGUGCCUUCCAACCGGCCUUGUCCUCCCCGCCGAUUCCUCGCCCCAUGUCAGCGUAGUUGGAACCGGCUCUUUCCAAGCAUGCAUGGCUUUCCUCAAACCGCUGCUGCAAAGAGAAGCGUCCUGCUCGCAUCCUCCCUGCCUCUUCGACGGUGUCUAUGUACCUCCAAUCGACUUCAGCGUCAAUCACUUCAUCGGUGUAAGCGAGUACUGGUAUUCAACCAACGAUGUCUUUGGCCUGGGCGGUGUGUACGACUGGGCUGGCUUUCAAAAGGCUGCAAUCGCAUAUUGCUCGCGUCCUUGGGAGGAGCUAAAACGAGACUUCGAUCGCGGCAAAUGGAAAGGCAAGAACGUCGAUCAGAAUCGACUGCGUAUGCAGUGCUUCAAAAGUGCGUGGAUGACCACGAUACUGCAUGAAGGCAUUGGUAUCCCACGCAUCAACGAUCGAAAGGGCAAAGGCGAUGGCGAGGAUCACGCGAAAGCGGCGCAAAACUUGGCGAACGAUAAGAAUCUUUUCCAGAGUGUCAACGACAUCCGCGGCCUCAGCGUCAGUUGGACGCUCGGCAAGGCUAUACUCGAGGCCAGCCGGGGUAUUCCG